AUGGAAGAUCUUCCAGGCGCCGACUCUCCUCCUGUAAACGAGGUUGGCCAUGAGCCUGCUGGAAACGACGACCCUCAGGAUCCCUUACGCCCUGAUGUUGAGGACGAAGAUUCUGCUCGUACUCCACCAAUUGCCGAUCCUCACCAAGAUACUGAGCUCGCCGAAGAUGACCAGAACCCACAACUGUCAAUUCCUGGAGACGCGGAUAACGAUGACAAUGACGCCGAUUCAGACGCUCUGAGUGAUGUCGACGAAGCACAAUUCCAGGAUUUCGACCCGAACGCCAUUGCUAUUGAGGAGCGCCCGAGAGUUGUUGAUGCUAGCGGUGUUGCCUUGUUGGGAAAGCACAAGCGCAAGCGUGACGAUGCUGAUGGAGAGGGCAAGAAGAAGCGCAGAGAGGGUCGCCGCGAAAAGCCCAAGCGUAGCAAGCGUGGAGGUGAUGAUGAUGGACAGGACUACGAUGCUUCCGAAGAGCAAGAGGGACGCAGGAGAAAGACAAAGGGCCCAGGCGAGAAGCGCAAGAAGAGAACACCCAGUCCCGAGGACGACUCCAACUUGUCACCAGAAGAGAGACGCAAGAAGGAGUUUUCGCGCAAGCUGGAUGAAGCACUCAAGAAGCCCAAGACAGCCAGCAGACGUAAGGCUGGUAUUGAUCUGGAACAGAUGGCCGAUACCGAGCUCGAGGAGAUGCGUCGUCGUAUGGCCGAGGCCGCCCAAGCCGACACCCAAGCCCGCGACGAUGGAAAGCCUGCUAUGCACAAGCUUAAGCUCCUCCCUGAGGUUGUCGCCCUUCUGAAUCGUAACACUCUGCAGAACGCUCUCGUCGAUCCUGACAUCAACCUUUUGGAAUCCGUUCGCUUCUUCCUCGAGCCCUUGAAUGAUGGUUCUCUGCCCGCCUACAACAUUCAGCGCGAGCUGUUUGCCUGCUUAGCCAAACUCCCAAUCUCAAAGGAUGCUCUUGUCGCCUCAGGUAUCGGCAAGGUCACCCACUUCUACACCCGCAGCACCAAGGCCGAACCUCUGAUCAGACGUCAAGCCGAGAAGCUGGUUGGUGAAUGGACGCGACCCAUCUUGAAGCGCACCGACGACUUCCGCAAGCGCGAAUUCGUCGAGGCAACCUACGACCCCAGCAUAGUUCCCAUGCGCAGCACACAACCCGUGGACAAGGCCGUUCGUGCAGCAGCAGCCAGAAAGGCCGCCCUGGCUUACCCCACCACCACCAACCGCGCUCGUGUGGAAGGCGGUCUUGGUACAUACACCAUCGUACCCAAGAGCGAUCUGUCCAGAGCCGCACCCGGUGUGCGCCGCCCGGGCGCUGCUGGUGACGAUCUCGCUCGCAAGCUUCAAGCACGCUCCAAGAACAACAGGAGAUGA